CAGGAGGGCGCAUCACCUCCAAACGGGAACCGGGAUCCCGUGUGUGUGUGUAUGGUUUAUUUUGUACAUUUGCAUUCGCUCGCUCACGUCGACCGGCUACACAGCACGCUUUGUCACGCUUUAGUGCUCAAAGCUCAAACAUCGCACGCUCUAUAAGAGCUCCCUCGCUCUGCAUUUUCGUGUUUAGUAGUUUAAACCCUCACAAAAAGUACGAGAAACAGCUGGUGUUGUCGACGUAGGUAGUCUACUAGUCUAAAUUUAAAACUUUUUUCAGUUGAACUUCGACGGUGGCUAGUUAAACUUGGUUUCGCGCGCGAUUUAACUUUUAACCAGUUGAUUUUUCGUUAUACGCACGCGGUCGCGUAAAUAUACGUAAGUUAUAAAAAUUUAUGUGCAUAAUUUGCAAAGACCUGCUCCCAUAUGCGAGAUCGCAGGACUAACUUUACCAAAGAGUACAUUAAUAAUAUAGUCAAUCCGUUGGGUAAUAGGCCUGCAAGACCUACGGAAAUCGCUCGUGCCAACGAAGAACGCGCGGCUACCCUUUUAGAGCCCGCCGAAGAACAAUCAAAGACAAUGUUAAUGCCGAGCGCAGGCAUAGCAUCGCCAGAUGCGGACACCCUCAGUUUAACAGGACUGGGGGUCCUGAGCACGGUCGGUACCCUAAACGGUUCCUCGGUACAAAACAAAGAUACGACGUUCACGAAAUUGUUCGUCGGCGGGUUACCGUACCACACGACCGACAAAUCGCUGAGGGACCAUUUUUCCGUUUACGGCGAAAUCGAGGAAGGAGUAGUGAUUACCGACAGACAAACUGGAAAAAGUCGAGGAUAUGGAUUUGUGAUUAUGUCUGACAGAGCUUCGGCAGAGAGAGCUUGCAAGGAACCAAAUCCCAUAAUAGACGGAAGAAAAGCUAAUGUUAAUUUGGCUAUUCUAGGAGCCAAACCAAGAGGAAACGUACCUACCGCUUUUCCAUUUACAAGUGUGAGACCAGGGACGUACCCGACCCUCCUACCUAGUCAAUAUGGAAUGCCUCCCAGCUACAUGUACCAGUCGCCUUAUUUGACAGCUACUGCGCCUGGCAGUUUGGUACCACUACAAGCUACGCAGCUGUCGCACGCAGCCGCAGUCGCCGCAGCGGCCACGUCGCAAUUUUACGAGUACCAGAACGCAGCCGCAGUAGCUGCGGCUGCGGCUGCGCCCUACACUAAUCAGUACGCUAAUGGAUUUGAUGCUUAUGCGCCUUAUACUAGUGCAGCGAGUGCAGCAAACUACAUGCCGUACACCUACGCGGCUCUACCUCAAACGCCAGGGUUGCAAACCGCGGCGGCUACUGCCGGGUUCCCGGGUAUAACAUAUCAAACUGCUGCGCAAGCUCCUGCUCUACAAGAAGCAAGAUUGCAGUAGAACCUUAUAGAAAUAAAACAAUCUCUAGAUCCUACCUUAUAAUACUAAACUAUAAGGUAAAAUGCUCAAUAAAAUUUAUUUACAUUAAACAAUAGACUUGAUUGCGGCCCUUUUGCAGACUUGUUUUAGUUGUUGAAUCUGCAAAAGGAAGUGCAAUAGUUGUAUUCGUUAAUUUAAUAAAAUAAAAAUAAUAAAAAAUGAAUAUUAGCUAUAUUAGGUUUAAAAAAUUAUAAUUUAUCAUGUAUAGUUCUAGUCGUUUUACUUUAGCGAAAUAUCGUUUUACAUAUAAAUGACAAUCUCAAGUAAUUUAAUACCUAAGUAUAUACGUUUAUUUCGCUAUUGUAUUUAUUAUAGGUAUAAAUAUUUUAGUUUAUAUAAUAUUUAAUAAUUUAUUUAAUGUAUAUUUCAUUUAAUAUAAUAAAACUUUUCAAAGUGGUCUAGGAACUUUUUAAUUUAUGUAAAAUAUAAAAUACUUGAAACAAAAUUAAUUGUAAAUAAAAUGUUUAAAAAAAAAAAGUUACCAAAUAAUUCUAGUAUAAUUUUAUAUACUUAUUUAGGUAAUAAUUCCUGGAUCAUUUUAAGAAGUACAUAGACUUAAUUAUUGUUAAAUCCCACACACGUAGCUAUUCAUUUACAUUUUCACUGUUUCAUUGAUGUAUUUUCAAUUUCAAGGCAAUAAUUGCGCUCAACUCAUGAGAUACUUUUUUAUAAAAAUAAUAAAGAUAUUUUAUAUAUAAAACUAUACUUAAAUUUUUGGGACCACCUUCUAUAAGGUACUUAUAUAAAAAAAAAAUGGACAAAAAUACAUACAUAAUUUUUUAUCUAUCUACACACAAUCUAUAUGUCCGUCCAAUUUAUUCUCUUAACUUUCUAGCCAAAAAAAAAACAAUUCACACACACGAAUAAAUGGUUGUGAAAUUAACUCUUUUGUGAAAAUGUAAAUACUUACUUAAAAUGUACUUAAAUGUUGAAAGAAUCUCAAAUUCAUUCUGCUCUAUUCAAGCCAUAUAUGCCUGCUCAAAUUCUCAAAGAAUCAAAUUUGUGAAGAAUUUGAGCUAGUUGUUAUAUUUUAUUAGAAUCAAUUAUUUAUUUUAUACCCACCAAAAAUUCUAUAUAAACUUAAGAAUCAGGUUCAAUAUACAUAUAUUAUUUAAAUAAUUGUUUA